AGUUGUAUUAGUUGCCUAUAGUAACACGCGUGUGUAUAUUAUUUCUAACAAUUUUAAAUUUUCUAAAUUUUCUAAAACAUAUUUUAUUUCUGGAGAAUAAAGUUUAGAUGGAACACAAUUGCCCGUUGGAUAAAAUUCAACUCGGAUAUCAUACUUGGAAUUUGCUUCAUACCAUAGUAGCAAACUAUCCGGACGAACCUUCUCCCCAAAGGCAGGAAGAUAUAAAUCAAUUUUUUGAUCUAAUCGGACGUCUGUACCCUUGUCAAGCAUGUGGUCGUGAUUUUACUCAUUUGUUAUCCCAACGACCACCAGAAACUGAUUCUCAAAAUACAUUAUCGGAAUGGCUAUGUUCUAUACACAAUGAUGUCAAUCAAAAAAUUGGAAAAUCAAUUUUUGAUUGUCACAGAGUAAACGAAAGAUGGAGAGACGGAUGGAAUGAUGGAAGUUGUGAUUAAAAUAUAAAUUCAUAAUAUAUACAUACAUAUACAUGUGUGUAUUUUAUAAUUGUAUUACAUAAAUUUAUGUAAUUGUAUAGAUACAUAAAUUGUAAAUAGUAUAUUAUUAUUUAUUUUUAGAUAUCACAAUACAGUUUGAGAUUUUA